AGAGAGAGAGAGAGAGAGGGAGAGAGAGAGCGAGAUAGAGAGAGAGAGAGAUCAGAUCCUGGUUGCUCUGCAGUCCGGCGCUGUGUGUUAAGACAGUAACACACACACACACAAACACACACACAUACACUGAUCCACGGAUCCGCCGAUUCAGUCAUUCAUCGACCCACGGACGCGGGGUGUGUGAGGAACGUGGGAAUAGCUGAUAACUGAUGCGCAGAGACACGGAGAGAAGAGGAGACGAGAGGAGACGAGAGGAGACGAGAGGAGAGGAGAGGAGGAGCAGCGGCACCGGCGAACUUCACCGCAGGAGCAGCAGCAUCAUCUCCUUCUUGGAAGCGCUUCCAUCCUCGUGCGCCGCAUGGAUCCGCGACAGCGACCCUCCUCACACUAUUAAGGGCACCAACAGAGUAAAAGAAGAGGGAAACGAGGAAAGACAGAAAUACGAAGCAAACUGAGUGCAUGUGCGCCGAAGAGGAGCCGGGCUUCCCAGGGACCCACCGGGAUGAUGAUGAUGAUGAUGUGCGGGAUUACUGAGACCGUGGGCUGAGGGGCUGCCCGCCCCCCGCCGCCCCCGCCGCCACUCCGUCCGUCCUCCGCUUCCUUCUCCUUCUCCAGCUUCAUCUUCUCUUUUUCUUUUUAUUUGCCGUUUCUCUGCGUUGCGGCGCGGCGCGAGCUCUGUCCCCCGGAGCUCGGCGGGAGAUGGUUCAGUCCGGCUGCGGGAGCGCGGUCUCCACGCACCGGGGUGUCUCUCCGCUCCCACUCGAGCUCGUCCGUCCGCCGCGUCGCGUCUGAUGAGGAGCCCGUCCGAGCGCCCGAACCCUGCCAUGACCGCCGGACCGGGCCCGGGGGGGGCGAACGCGACAGUGCGGGCGCGUCCCCGAGGCUGGAGCCGGCUGCUCGCGCUCUGUGUGGGGCUAUGCGUGGGGCUGCAGCGCGCCUCCGUCCGCGCCCAGAACUGCAGCUAUACGUUACACAGCCCAAAUGGGACUAUAGAGAGCCCUGGAUACCCCUACGGAUACCCCAACUAUGCCAACUGCACAUGGGUGGUUGUCACGCAGGACCACAGUCGGAUACAGCUAGUGUUCCAAGGUUUCGCCCUGGAGGAGGACUUUGACAUCCUGUCAGUCUACGAUGGGCAGCUCAGUCCCAGCAACCUGAGGACACGGUUGACAGGCUUCCAGCUGCCGCCACCCAUCGUCAGCUCAGGACCGCGGCUCACACUGUGGCUGCUCUCAGAUUAUGCCGUGAGUGGCCAGGGCUUCAGGGCCUACUACGAAGCCCUGCCGAGCUACACCUGCGGAAAUCCAGGGCAGCUCCAGAAUGGACUCCAGCAGGGCUCCUCCUUUAACAUCGGGGACAAGAUCCGGUACAGCUGCAACCCCGGAUACGUGCUGGAGGGUCACACAGUGCUGUCCUGCCUGGCUACAUCCUCGGGGACCGCCUCCUGGGACUUCCCUCUGCCUUACUGUCGAGCGGAUGAUGGAUGUGGGGGCACCCUCCGGGGCCAGAGUGGGGUCAUCACCAGCCCUAACUACCCGCAGGACUACAACAACAAUGCCGACUGCACCUGGACAGUGCUGGCCGAACCCGGGGACACCAUUGCCCUCGUCUUUACCGACUUCCAGCUGGAGGACGACUAUGAUGUCUUGGAAAUCAGCGGGACAGAGGGCUCUUCGCAAUGGUUCACAGGGCCCAACCUCCCAUCUCCUGUCAUCAGCAGCAAGAACUGGCUUCGUCUCCACUUCACGUCUGAUGGAAACCACAAGCUCCGUGGCUUCAGUGCCCAAUACCAAGUGAAGAAAAUGACAGAACUCAAGUCCCGCGGCGUGAAGAUGCUGCCGAGCAAAGACAACCACCACAAGAUAUCCGUGUUGUCACAGAUGGGUGUGGCACAGGGACACAACAUGUGUCCUGACCCUGGCAUUCCGGAACGAGGGAAGAGAAAGGGCUCCGACUUCAGGAGGGGUUCCACGGUGCACUUCUCCUGUGACGAGGGCUACGAGCUGCAGGGCUCCAAGAGCAUCACUUGCCUGCGUGUGACUGACAGCUACGUGGGCUGGAGCGACGAUAGGCCUGUCUGCAGAGCACCCAUGUGUGGCGGACAACUGCGAGGUCCCAGUGGGGUCAUUACGUCGCCCAACUUUCCCGUCCAGUACGAUAACAACGCAAACUGCACGUGGGUCAUCACAGCAGCCGACCCCUCCAAGGUGAUUAAGCUGACUUUUGAAGAUUUUGACCUGGAACGGGGCUACGACACGCUCACGGUUGGUGACGGCGCAUCCGUGGGCGAUCAGAAGACUGUCUUUCAUGUGCUGUCUGGGACCACCACGCCAGACCUGGUGGUUAGCACAAGCCAUCAGAUGUGGCUGAACUUCAAAACCGACGACACCAGUGGCUCCCUGGGUUUCAAGGUGUCCUUUGAAGAAAUCGAACAAGGUAGCUGUGGAGACCCUGGAAUCCCUGCCUACGGCAAGCGAGAAGGAUCGGGCUUCCGGCACGGUGACCGACUACAUUUUGAAUGCCUGCCGGCAUUUGAGCUGGUGGGGAAGAAGAACAUCACGUGUCAGAAGAACAACCAGUGGUCGGCCAAGAAACCCAGCUGCGUGUUUUCUUGUUUCUUCAACUUCACAACCCCAUCGGGCGUGCUGCUUUCACCCAACUACCCCCAGGAGUACGGCAACAGCAUGCACUGUGUGUGGCUUAUCAUAGCCAAGCCCGAGAGUCGCAUCAACCUAGCUUUCAACGAUCUCAGCCUGGAGAAGCAGUUUGACUUCCUUUCGGUGAAGGAUGGGGGCAAGGCUGAGUCGCCCAUCCUGGGUACCUUCUCGGGUGACGUGGUGCCAUCGCCCAUUACCACCAGUGGACACGUUGCCAGGCUGGAGUUUCUCACUGACCACACCAACACGGACCGUGGGUUCAACAUAACAUUCACCACCUUUCGGCACAAUGAAUGCCCCGACCCCGGCGUCCCUGUCAACGGCAAGCGUUUCGGCGACAGCCUGCAGCUGGGCAGCUCCAUGUCUUUCACCUGCGAGGAGGGAUUUGUGAAGACGCACGGCUCUCAGACCAUAUCUUGCAUCCUGAAAGAUGGAAACGUGGUGUGGGACAACGCCGUGCCUCGCUGCGAAGCACCCUGUGGAGGGGAGCUGAAGGCGCUCAGCGGUAUCAUCCUGUCCCCGGGCUGGCCGGAGCUCUACAAGGAGGCACUGAACUGCGAGUGGAUCAUCGAGGCUCCGCCCGGCUACCCCAUCAAAAUCAUAUUUGACAAGUUCCGGACCGAGGUGAACUACGACGUCCUGGAGAUCCGAGAUGGACGCUUCCCCUCGUCUCCCCUGAUCGGAAGCUACCAGGGCACCCAAGUGCCCCAGUUCCUCAUCAGCACCUCCAACUUCCUGUAUCUGCUGUUCACCACCGACAAGAGCCACUCGGACAUCGGCUUCCGCAUCCGCUACGAGAUUGUCCAACUGCAGUCAGACCACUGCGUGGACCCCGGAAUCCCAGUAAACGGUCAGCGCCACGGCCAUGACUUCUAUGUGGGCGCGCUGGUGACGUUCAGCUGUGACGCGGGGUACACGCUCAGUGACUCCGAGCCCCUGGAGUGUGAGCCCAACUUCCAGUGGAGCCGCGGCCUGCCCAGCUGUGACGCGCUCUGCGGCGGCUACAUCCAGGGGAAUUCUGGCACCAUCCUGUCCCCCGGAUUCCCUGACUUCUACCCCCACAAUCUCAACUGCACCUGGACCAUAGAGACUUCCCAUGGCAAAGGUGUUCAGUUCACCUUCCACACCUUCCACCUGGAGAGCCCCCAUGACCACCUGCUGGUGACUGAGAAUGGCAGCUUCUCUCAGCCGCUGUGGCGUCUCACGGGAUCCACGCUGCCCCCUCCGCUGAGCGCCGGCCUCUUCGGCAACUUCACGGCCCAGAUCCGUUUCCUGUCCGACUUUUCCGUCUCCUACGAGGGCUUCAACAUCACUUUCUCGGAAUAUGACCUAGAGCCUUGCGAGGACCCCGGGGUGCCCCCCUUCAGCACUCGCAAGGGGCUCCAGUUUGGGGUGGGUGACUCCCUUAUCUUCUCCUGCUUCCCGGGUUACCGGCUGGAGGGGCCGUCCCGGGUCACCUGCCUGGGUGGGCGACGCCGGGUCUGGAGCUCCCCUCUCCCAAGGUGUGUUGCCGAAUGCGGUUCCUCUGUGACGGGCACCCAGGGCGUCCUGCUGUCACCCAACUACCCCGCGUACUACGGCAACAACCACGAGUGCAUCUACUCCAUUCAGACCCAACCAGGCAAGGGCAUCCAGCUGAGGGCCAGGGACUUCCGACUGCAGGACGACGAUCUGCUCAAGGUGUACGACGGCAACAGCAACACCGCUCGCCUGCUGGGCACCUUCACGGGCACGGAGCUGCAGGAGGUCACGCUGAACAGCACGUCCAGCUCCAUGUGGCUCGAGUUCAUCAGCAACGCGGAGAACACCAGCAAGGGCUUCGAGCUGCACUACACCAGCUUCGAGCUGCUCAAGUGCGAAGACCCCGGGAUGCCCCAGUUUGGCUACAAGAAGGAGGACCGCGGUCACUUCGCCGGCAGCACUGUGUCGUACAGCUGCAACCCGGGCUACACCCUCAAGGGUUCCGAGGUGCUCACCUGCCUGCGAGGAGAGAGGAGGGCCUGGGACAGCCCACUACCCUUGUGUGUGGCCGAGUGUGGGGGGGUCAUCAAGGACGAGCCCACGGGGCGGAUCCUCUCCCCCGGGUAUCCGGCACCUUACGACCACAACCUGCACUGCGUGUGGACCAUCGAGGCUGCACCGGGGAGCACCAUUGGACUCCACUUCCUGGUGUUUCACACUGAGGAGGUGCAUGAUGUUCUGCGCAUCUGGGAUGGCCCCCAGGAGGGUGGGGUCUUGCUGCGGGAGCUGAGCGGCUCAGUGCUGCCCCCCGACACCCACAGCACCUUCAACUCCAUCACCCUGCAGUUCACCACCGACUUCUUCACCAGCAAGCAGGGCUUUGCCUUACAGUUCUCUGUGUCGACGGCCACUUCCUGUAACGAUCCGGGCACCCCGACCAACGGCACUCGCAGCGGCGACAGCAGGGAGCCGGGAGAUCACGUUCUGUUCCAGUGUGAUCCUGGAUAUGUCCUUCAGGGGGCCAACAAGAUCACGUGCACCGAAAUCAAUAAUCGCUUUUUCUGGCAGCCUGACCCACCCACCUGCACAGCACCCUGCGGGGGCAACCUGACAAGUGCAAGUGGCCUGAUCCUUUCCCCGGAAUACCCCGAGCCAUACCCUCAUGGCCGCGAGUGUGACUGGACCGUGACCGUGACCCCUGACUACGUCAUCGUCCUCACCUUCAAUCAGUUCAGCUUGGAGCCAAGCUACGACUUUCUGCAUAUCUAUGAUGGGCCGGACUCACUCAGUCCUUUGCUGGGUAGCUUUUACGGCACGGACGUCCCGGACCGGAUCGAAAGCAGCUCCAACACGCUCUUCUUGGCAUUCCGCAGUGACGCGUCACUAAGCAGCAAUGGUUUCGUUCUUCAGUACACAGAGAACCCAAGGGAAUCGUGCUUCGAACCAGGCCCGGUCCAGAAUGGAACCCGAGUCGGUACUGAGCUCAAGCUGGGGUCCAUCAUCACCUUCUACUGCGACAGUGGCUAUGUCAUCGAGGGUGACUCCGCUCUCACCUGUAUCAUGGGGGGCGACAGCAAACCCGUUUGGAACAGGCCGCGACCAAGAUGCGUAGCUCCAUGUGGGGGGCAGUAUUCUGGAAUGGAGGGGGUGGUGCUUUCCCCUGGUUAUCCUGGUAACUACACGAGUGGGAGGACCUGCCUGUACUCCGUUGUCGUACCAAAGGACUAUGUGGUAUUUGGGCAGUUUGCCUUCUUCCAGACGGCCCUCAAUGAUGUGGUGGAGGUCUAUGAUGGGGCCACCCAGCAUUCCCGUGUGCUCAGCUCACUUUCCGGGGCACACACAGGCGAGUCCUUGCCGCUAGCCACCUCGAACCAAAUCCUUAUUCGCUUUAAUUCCAAGGGCCAGGCCACAUCCAAAGGCUUCCACUUGGUGUAUCAAGCUGUUCCACGGACCAGCGCCACCCAGUGCAGCUCGGUCCCUGAACCGCGACACGGCAGGCGGGUGGGAAACAGCUUCUCAGUGGGUGCCGUUGUCCGCUUCGAGUGUGGCCCAGGCUAUGUUCUGGAAGGUGCCAGCGCUAUCGAAUGCCUGACUGUGCCCAACGCACUGGCGCAGUGGAACAGCACAGUUCCGAGCUGCGUAGUCCCAUGUGGUGGGAAUCUGACCCAGCGGACUGGAACCAUCCUGUCCCCAGGCUUUCCUGAGCCUUACCUCAACAGCCUGAACUGUGUGUGGAAGAUCACGGUGCCAGAGGGUUCUGGCAUUCAGAUCCAGGUCAUCAGCUUUGUGACGGAACACAACUGGGACUCCUUGGAGGUUUUUGACGGAGGCGAUAACACAGACACUUUGCUGGGAAGUUUCUCAGGUACAACUGUUCCAGCUCUUCUGAACAGCACCUCCAACCAGCUGUACCUGCACUUCUUCUCCGACAUCAGCGUCUCUGCUGCUGGCUUCCAGCUGGAGUACAAGACUGUGUCUUUGACAAGCUGCCCUGAGCCAGUGGUCCCCAUGAAUGGGAUGAAGGUGGGAGAUCGGUUCCAGAUGAACAAUGUUGUGUCCUUCCAAUGUGAGCCGGGAUACACCCUUCAGGGCAAUUCCCACAUCACCUGCAUGCCUGGCACGGUGCGGCGAUGGAACUUCCCUCCACCUCUGUGCAUCGCCCAGUGUGGUGGCAUUCGGGUGGAGAUGGAGGGCAUGAUCCUGAGUCCAGGUUUCCCGGGAAAGUACCCUAGCAACAGUGACUGCACCUGGAAGAUCUACCUGCCAAUAGGAUAUGGUGCACACGUGCAGUUCCUCAACUUUUCGACAGAGGCUAACCACGACUUCCUAGAAAUCCGCAACGGCCCUUUUGAAACUAGCACUGUGAUCGGCCGCUUCAGUGGACAGGAUGUCCCGUCAUCUCUACUCACCACAUCCCACGAGACCACUGUGUACUUUCACAGUGACCACUCUCAGAAUAAAUUGGGGUUCAAGUUCGAAUAUCAGGCAUACGAGCUGCAAGAGUGUCCCGACCCAGAGCCCUUCCGUCAUGGGGUGGUGGUGGGGGCCGGUUACAACGUGGGCCAGUCCAUCUCCUUUGAGUGCCAGCCAGGCUACCAGCUUGUGGGCCACUCCAUCCUCACCUGUGAGCAUGGGACCACACGCAACUGGGACCACCCGUUCCCUCGCUGUGAAGCGCCCUGCGGGGGCAACAUCUCGUUGGACAAUGGCACCAUAUUCUCACCCGGGUACCCGGAGGAGUAUCCCACCUCGUCUGACUGCACAUGGCUCAUCACUGUGGCCCCAGGCAUGGGCGUUCGUCUCAACUUCACUCUCCUCCAGGUCCAUGGUCCUCACGACUUCAUCUCUGUUUGGGAUGGCCCUCAGGAGACUGUCCGCAAACUGGGCGUGUUCACCGACGGCGAGCAGACAGACCCGCCUAGCAGCACCUCCAACCAAGUCCUCAUACGUUUCCGCAGCAACACUGAAAAAGGUGGCCUGUUCAGAAUCACCUACCAAGCCUACCGCCUCCAGUUCUGUCUUCCUCCUCCCAUCAUCCCCAAUGCAGAGAUCCUGAUGGCCAGCAAGGAGUUUAAAAUAGGAGACAUUGUGCGCUACAGGUGUCUUCCGGGCUACCAGCUGAGUGGAAACGAUAUCCUCAUCUGCAGACUUGGGACACACCUGGAGUUUGAAGGGCCUCCUCCAUCAUGCGAGGUGAACUGUCCCAUGAAUGAAAUCUUGACCGACUCCACGGGUGUGAUCCUAAGCCAGACCCAGGGAAGCGGUUUCCCGCAUUUUGAGACUUGCUCGUGGGUUGUUAAGGCCGAACCGGGAUAUAACGUCUCCCUCACCGUGGAACACUUCCAAACCAGUCGGCAGUUUGACGAGCUGGAGAUCUUUGACGGUCCCUCCAGACAGAGUCCGCUCCUCCUCACGUUGAGCGGCAACUACUCAUCUCCCUUCACUGUCACCAGUACCUCCAAUAAGGUGUACCUGCACUGGUCCUCAGAUCAUGCGUCCAGCCACAAGGGUUUCCGGAUCCGCUACACAGCCUCAUACUGCAGCCCCCCAAACCCUCCAGCUAAUGGUUCGGUCCACAGCCUGACGGGCACGAAACUGGGGAGCACCCUUCGCUUCAGCUGUGACACGGGCUUUCGCCUCAUUGGCCAGAGCAGCGCCACCUGCAGCCGCACCCCUCAAGGCCUGUACCAGUGGAACGCUCCCAUACCCCUUUGCCAAGUGGUGUCAUGUGGGGUGCCGGCAUCCCCCAUCAAUGGCAGCGUGACAGCACGUGAUUACACAGUAGGUUCCAGAGCGCUCUACCAUUGCAACCCCGGCUACCAGCUGUCCAGCCCCUAUGCUGUGUCAAUCAUUUGUCAGGAGUCUGGAAGGUGGAGCCCAGUAGAUGCCCCACCCCGCUGCACACCCGUGACAUGUCCUGACAUUGGUCACACAGCAGUGGAACACGGCAGAUGGAGACUGAUCUAUGGGACCCAAAAUCAGUAUGAUGCCAUCAUGAUGCUCAUCUGUGAUCCUGGGUACUACUACAGGGGUCAGCGGGUCAUCCGCUGUCAGGCCAACGGAACCUGGGAUUACCCAGAGCCUCGUCCUCUCUGUAACAUCAUCUCCUGCAUGGACCUGGGCACCCCUCCCAAUGGGAACAAGAUCGGAACGUUGACCGUGUACGGAGCCACGGCCAUCUUCUCUUGCAAUACAGGAUACACGCUGGUGGGCUCGCGAGUUCGAGAGUGCAUGUCUAACGGGUUGUGGAGCGGAACCCAGGUCCAAUGCCUUGCCGGCCACUGCGGCACUCCUGAGUCCAUUGUGAACGGGCAGAUCGUCGGGGAGAACUACAACUACCGAGGCAGCGUGGUUUACCAGUGUAACCCAGGCUUCCGGCUCAUCGGUGUGUCCGUACGCAUCUGCGAGCAGGACCACCACUGGUCUGGAAGGCCCCCCGUGUGUGUCCCCAUCACCUGCGGCCACCCAGGAAACCCAGGCAACGGCGUCACGCAGGGCACGCAGUUCAACCUCAACGACAUCGUGCGCUUCACGUGCAACACGGGCUACGUGCUGCAAGGCGCUGUCAACGCUCAGUGCCAGGCCAACAGCCAGUGGAGUAAUCCACUGCCCGUCUGCAAAGUUGUGAACUGCACCGACCCUGGACAUGUUGAGAACAGCAUUCGGCAGGUGCUACCCAGUGGCCCGCACCGCUUCAGCUUCCAGACCACUGUGUCGUACAGCUGCAACCCAGGCUACUACCUGCUGGGCACAGGGGUGUUGGCAUGCCAGGGUGAUGGGACGUGGGACCGUUCUCUUCCCAAGUGCCUCCUGGUGCUGUGCGACCGGCCUAGCAUGCCCCCUUAUGCCCAGAUCUCGGGAGACCGCCGUACCGUUGGCUCCGUCAUCCGCUUCAGCUGCAUCGGCCAGCGUUCCAUCGUAGGCAACACCACGCGGAUGUGCCAGCUGGAUGGCCACUGGAGCGGCUCACUGCCGCACUGCUCCGGUGAGUCGGCGGGUGUGUGUGGUGACCCCGGUGUACCAGUCCAUGGGAUCCGGCUGGGGGAGGAGUUCUCCAUUGGCAGCGUGGUGCGCUUCAGCUGCGAGCCUGGCUACGCCCUGAAGGGCUCUCCGGAGAGGACCUGUUUGGCCAAUGGGACUUGGACAGGCAUCCAGCCUGAGUGCCAUGUGGUGUCAUGUGGUAAUCCUGGAACUCCCCGGAAUGCCCAGGUGGUCUUCCAUGAUGGUUUGGUCUUCUCCCGCUCCAUCACUUAUGCCUGCCGUGAGGGCUACUACUCCACUGGCCUCCUGACCAGGCACUGCACGGUCAAUGGCACCUGGACCGGAACCAUGCCAGAGUGCACAGUGAUCAACUGUGGGGACCCGGGGGUACCAGCCAAUGGUAUUCGCCUGGGCAGUGAUUUCACCUACAACCACACAGUAUCCUUCCAGUGCUCGCCAGGCUUCACCAUGGAUGCUGACCGUGCCUCCAGUCUCAUCUGCACCAAGGACCGCACCUGGAAUGGAACCAAACCUAUAUGCAAAGCAAUUGUGUGUGGGCCACCUCCUGUCAUCCCUAAUGGGCAUGUGGUGGGUGCCGACUUCCAGUGGGGCUCCAGCAUAAGCUAUGCAUGCAUUGAAGGGUAUCAGCUCUCCUUGCCUGCUACUCUCACAUGCCAGGGCACUGGGAACUGGAGUGGAGAAAGACCCCAAUGCUUUCCUGUGUUCUGCGGUGACCCAGGAGUUCCUGCUCAAGGAAGGCGUGAAGACCGUGGAUUCACCUACCUUUCCUCCGUGCACUUUUCCUGCCUCCCCCCAUUGGUCCUGGUGGGCUCGGCCCGCCGCUACUGCCAAGCUGACGGUACCUGGAGUGGAACGCAGCCGUCAUGUAUUGACCCAGGCCACACGACCUGCAUUGAUCCAGGAGCCCCUCUGUUUGGAUACCAGAACAACACCCAGGGAUUCCAGAUCGGAAGCAUUGUCUUCUUCAGUUGCAGGAAGGGAUAUCUGCUUCAGGGUUCCACUACCCGCACCUGUCUACCCAACCUCACCUGGAGUGGAGUGCAGCCCGAGUGUAUCGCACACCACUGCAGCCAACCAGAGCUCCCGCCCCAGGCCGACGUCAGCGCCAUUGAGCUGCCCUCUCUUGGAUAUACGCUCAUCUACUCUUGCCAGCGUGGGUUUUAUCUGGCUGGCGGCUCGGAACAUCGCACCUGCCGAGCAGAUGGAAGCUGGACGGGGAAGCCCCCUCUGUGUGCACCUGAUAUCCGGCCAAGUGGGACUACCAUUGGAACUGUCCAAGAGCCCCCCAAUGCCAAAAUGCCAGUUCCAGGGGGGGUCUUUGCCAAGAACUCCCUGUGGAGGGGCUCCUACGAAUACCUGGGCAAGAAGCAGCCAGCCAUGCUGAGCAUCACAGCUUUUGAACCCUUUGGCAACCGUGUCAACGGAACGCUCAUCGACCACAGUGGAGUCGAGCUCAGGUUGGCCGGCAUCUACAAAAAAGAAGAAUCCCACUUACUGCUCCAGGUAUACCAGAUCCGGGGGCCUGUGGAAAUUUUUGUCAACAAGUUCAAAAGUGAAAACUGGGCACUGGACGGUCAUGUCUCCUACAUGGCGUCUUCAAACUCCUUUGUGUACCAGGGCUUUGUCCGAGGGAAAGGGUUUGGCCAGUUUGGACUGCAGAGACUUGAUACGGAGAUCGUGGACCCAAACCGAACAAGCACCGGCUACAACUUUGCCUCCAACAGCAGCUCUGUUGCAGCGGCCAUCUUAGUGCCUUUCAUUGCUAUGAUCAUCGCUGGGUUUGCGCUCUACCUGUACAAACACAGCCUUGUGCUCUGUUUACCGACGCCCAGGAGAAGACCAAAGGUCCCAUUCAAUGGCUAUGGGGGCCACGAGAACACCAAUGGGAGGGCCACCUUCGAGAACCCCAUGUAUGACCGCAACAUCCAGCCCACUGACAUCAUGGCCAACGAGACUGAGUUCACCGUCAGUACGGUGUGCACGGCGGUAUAGCGCUCUCUCUCCUCAAGGCUCCUGUGUUUUUCCUCAUCGCAUUUGGAAGCAAAGUAACAUCACACAUCCUCAUAGAAAAAAAGAAAAACAUUUCCCAUUUGGAGUUCUGUGUGGCCCUGGUCAGUUUUCUGUAUUGGAGUGCAGCUUCUCGACCUGCGUCUGUAUUAGAAGACAGCCAGUGAAAUUGGGCUUUGAGGCUGAAUCCGGAGCAAGAAAAAAAAAAAAAUAAAAAAAAACAGGGUUUCUUGAAACAGUCUUACCACAGAAUGAUAACUAACAAAUAUACAGCGAAUUUGCGUCAAAAGAAGGUCUUGCAAAUUGUGGCACAGCAGAUAUACCUUGUGAACCUCUUCAUCCUCGAAGAUGUUGUUUCCUAGCUGGUCCGCUCCUCUUCUUGCCCUGUGCUGACGUAAUCGGCGGCCUCCAGCUUGAUGCUAUAGAACACAUUCUGUGUCUCGGACCCAGACAUGGCUUGGAAGGGCCGUAAACUCCAAGCAGUGGAAUUCUUUGUUUUUUUGUUCUCCGAGGAAGUGACCGCUGACUUUUAACAUAUAGUGUCUCCGAGUGCCAAUGUCCCAUUGCUGUCUUUCACAGCUACCCAUUGGCGUUCUCCCAUUUUCUUACCCAACACUCCGCUUCACUCAGUUCUGCCCUGGGAAAAGUUUACAACGGAUCCAGAGUUCUGUUCUCCUUUGAUUCUGAAGAAAGGACUAAUCUGUUGUUCAGUGGGAGACCACAGAAAGGACAACAGUUUGAAAUGCACUCAAGGCCUCUAGUAUCGCUAAUAUAGGAAAACUGGAGGGAAGAAUGAUAUGGGAACAAUGAUAAGAGAAUGUGUGCGUUUGUGAGUGGGUGUGUGUGCCUAAAGGUUUGUCUAUUUAAAGGAAAUUAUGGAAUCAAACACCUAUUUGGUUUGUGUGUUUUUUGCACAAAUGGCUGAUCUUAUCCUGAGCAGUGUCCACAGAGGUGAGGGAUAGAGAUGACAGAAAUUAUAGUCACUUGUCCACACCCAGAUUAAUAAUAGCCAUUAUUGUAAAAAAAAAAAAAAAAAAACUUAAUUCCUUGUAUUAUUCAUCGAGAUGCUGGGAAGUUAGGAUUCUUACAGAAUUCCGUAUGUGAAGGAUGAAAGGAUUAAAAUCUCAGAAGGAAACAUGUCGUUCUCUGUCGCAGCAUCUCAAGUCAUUUAACAGGGACAUUUGGCUGGGACACAGAAGACCACUUUAAGCUUCAUGUGAAGACCCCUUGGGGCUCAACAACAUAUCCGUCAACUGCUUGUCCAGUUCUCAGCAGUGUAACCAAAAUGAAAUGACAUUUAAUUCCAGUUCUGCCCUGUGGUUCAAGGUUUGACUCGUCUCAAGAUGCCAGAUUGUAGGUCCCAUGUGGUUAAAUAUCACGAAAAAUGGAGGUGGCACCUGCUAGAAUAGCCACACUGAAUGUUCACUCGAUGGACAGAGAAUUCACUGCUGCCCACACACUGGCAUUGGGCAUUAGACCAAGUGGAGAGAGAUGGUGUUUCGGAUACGCCUACGGUUUAAGGAUUUAUGACUUAACGUCGGUUUUUAGUACACUCUUGGCCUGGGGUCGUUGGCAGAGGCUGUCAGGACAGCUAAGCUAAGAUAACUCAUUUGAUGGUGCCUUGCCAUGGAUUCCCUUGGACAAUGGUUGUUUAUACUCCAACCAGAGUUUUGCCGUCACUGUGGUGUUAGAGAAAGGCCUGGGUGAGUUCUGCGAGAAGGCUACAGAAAACGGCAUCUAAUGCACAAUAGUCUAUUUUAAAACACUUUAAAAUUUUAUGUUGUUUUCAUUCAUUUUUUUGUAUUAGUUUCCUUUUGGGUUACUGUCGUACACCCAGAUCAGUCAUCUCAGCUCUGGCCAUCAACUCAUCUCCUCUAAACUAGACAAGCAAGGUUGCUUUCAUGUCCUCCAGAAUUUCAUCUGACUCUUUUCCAAGAAUAAUUCCAAGUUCUUGACAAGCAAUCUCAUCACAUAUUUGGGUUGGAGAGGCCAUGACACCACCAUCAGUUUCUAACAGGGCAGAGUUUGACAAAAGUUGACAGCUUAGGUAUACUGUUUAUGCAUAAUUAAACAUUGCAAAGUAUUCUUAGAUUUGGAUCCAUAAAUACAAUGUAGUAUCCAGAGAGAAUCUAACAAGUUUCCAAUUGAACACUUAGGACUUUCCAUAGCUGGUCAGUUUAUGUUUUGAGCCCUGCAGGAAGUCAAAAUGCUAAAGGUUACAGUGGCCUGCGGAUUUUCCUCUAACUUUUAAAAACACUCAACUGCGCAUCACUUUCCACCUGCUUUCCAUUUAGAGCAUCAUCCCUUCCUUUUACACCGCAGACCCCUGGUCUCCAUGAUUAUUCAUCUCCACCUCAUAGAGCUCAUCAAACCACAAGCCCUGGUAUCAUGAGCAAAAAAACUGCCUGUUACCACUCUUUCAAUACCAUUAAAUUCAUUGCCUUUGAUACACAGUUUUCUACCUAAAGGUGAUUAAGCUGGAAAAAUAAGUUAUGCGUAAAAAUGAAAAUGUGAAUAAUUUCUUGGCAUUGGUUCAUUCCCUUUUAGUCUGUGGACAACAGAUUGAAGCUUCUCUCCACCAUGAUUUGUAAUUUACUGACCGACCCUCUUUAGAAACUGUUUAAAGUCCCUGUCACAGCUGUAUACGAAAGGGGGCAUCCUGAAAUGAAUCACAUGAUGGAGACUCACAGUUGUUUCAGUCUGUUUUGGUAAUUGCCUCUACAAUUUUAUUACUUUUAAAUCUGCUUAUCUCCACUGUGUGAAUUGAAUGUCGCCUGGUGCUUAUUGGAAUAGUAAGAUGAUUAGGAAAAGUGAAGAUUAUAUUUCCCGGGAGAUGUCUGUGGCAAAGUCAUUGCAAGGCAAAUUAUCUUAAACAUAAUGCCAGUCAGUUUAUAUAUUUUACUUACGUAUACUCCCACACACACACACACACACACACACACACACACACACGCACACUCCCCAGUGCAGCUGGAAAACAUCCAGUCCUUUAAUGAUGCAUGCCAUAACAUUUAUUUGAUGUAUCAUAUCUCCACAAUGAAUUCAUUUCAUCCCCCAAUUAUUCUUAUGACAUAAUUCAAAUUCCAUGAUAUACAUCUAAAAGCUGCCUCCCAUAAAACCUGAGCAGACCAAAAUGCGCAAUGAAAGGGUAAAUAAACUUUGAUUAUGGCCCUUUUCAUUAUGUGCUCAUUAUCAAAUUUUGAAAUGUUUAAUAAUUAAGCGACUGAGUUACAGAGGUGAAAAAAGUUCAUUUAUCAGCUAAUUGGCAGAGCUUUGAAAGAAUAAAAAAGCUGAAUUUGAAUUGAUAUUCAUGAACAAGGUUUUAAAAUUGUUACAUUCUGUCCUAAUGAAUUUACGAAAUGGCAAGAAAUGAGGUACAAAACACAUAAAUUGACUUUUUACAUCACUUGGGUUUAUAAACAAUAGCAUGUCACAGGCCAGAUCUAAUAAGACAAAGCAUUUUGGCUUUAUGAUUUAUCAGUGUUGCUAUUAAAUGUAUAUAAAAUAACAAACAUGAAGCUUGAAGAUUAGUUACGACAUUAUAUGUUUUUUUUUUUUUUUUGACAUUUUAAUUGGACUAUGUCUUCAUUUAGCAAACAUAAGACCCAAUAUUCAGUGACCAAAUGGUUUCUAUUCUACCAAAGUAACAAAAUACUAAAUUAUAAAAUACAAAGUCUAUUUUUGCCUGUAAAUAGUAUCUCACUGUAAGAAAAAAAUCUGAAAGGUUUUAUCUUAAGUCAAUGUCUUCUACAGCAAGCCUUAAUAUAAAAUUUGGUUCUUGUAAAUUUAACCCUGGCAAUUUAUUGAUGAAGUUUCAUUAAUUUUGGCUGUUAAAUAUCAUUUUCACCCUUCAUGUCUUUCAGAUUGCUAUCUGUAGGUUUUUCUUUUUGGUAGAGAGCCAGUAUGGCUCAUGUGUCCACAUUUACACGUCUCAAAAUCUGAGUUCUUAGGGAUCGAACUAAAGUAACACUCUUGUACAGUUUGGGAAGGGCUCUUGAAAGACAUGAUAAGAAUCACUCAUGGAAGAAGCAGGACUGAGGAACAGAGAGAGCUGAUGGUGGCUUAUCUCAUUUCUGAUCAAACCAAAAUUGGAGUAGUUCACUUUCAAUAAAGUAAG